AUGGCAGACCUCAAACCCAAAACCACCGACAACGGCAGCACUUCCACCCCCUCAAGCCCAACCACCGCCACAUCUCCCACCCGCACGACCAGCAAAUCCAAAAACUGCCCUGCUCUGCUUCUGGGUCGCUUCGAAAUCGGCAAACUCCUCGGCCAUGGCACCUUCGCCAAAGUAUACCUCGCCAAAAACGUCAAAACCAACGAGAGCGUCGCAAUCAAAGUCAUCGACAAGGAGAAGAUCCUCAAGGGCGGUUUGAUCGCUCACAUAAAGCGGGAGAUCUCGAUCCUCCGCCGCGUUCGCCACCCGAACAUCGUCCAGCUUUUCGAGGUCAUGGCCACGAAAGCCAAGAUCUAUUUCGUGAUGGAAUACGUCCGCGGCGGCGAGCUCUUUAACAAGGUCGCAAAGGGCCGGCUGAAGGAGGAAGUGGCGAGGAAGUACUUCCAGCAGCUAGUCUCCGCCGUCGGAUUCUGCCACGCCCGCGGCGUCUAUCACCGCGAUUUGAAGCCGGAGAACCUAUUGCUCGACGAGAACGGAGACCUCAAGGUUUCCGAUUUUGGGUUGAGCGCGGUUUCUGAUGAAAUUCGACAAGAUGGUCUCUUUCACACGUUUUGCGGCACGCCGGCGUACGUCGCCCCGGAGGUUUUGGGCCGGAAAGGGUACGACGCCGCGAAGGUGGAUAUUUGGUCUUGUGGGGUUGUUUUGUUUGUGCUCAUGGCUGGAUAUUUACCCUUCCAUGACCAGAAUGUUAUGGCGAUGUACAAGAAGAUCUACAAAGGCGAAUUUCGAUGCCCCAGAUGGUUCAGUGCCGAGCUUGUUAGGCUUCUAUCCCGCCUUCUCGACACUAAUCCGGAGUCGAGGAUUACAAUCCCGGAUGUUAUGGAGAAUCGGUGGUUUAAAAAGGGUUUUAAGCACAUCAAGUUUUACAUUGAUCACGAUGAUCGGCUCUGCAAUGUUGUUGAUGAUGAUGAGGAGGACAGGUUUAGUGAUGUGAGCUCUGUUUCAGAUUGUAUGUCGGAAUCUGAGGCGGAGUUUGAGACCAGAAGAAAGAUUACAUCUUUACCCAGACCGGCUAGCCUGAAUGCGUUUGAUAUAAUCUCGUUUGCCCCCGGGUUUGAUUUGUCCGGGUUGUUUGAGGAGCGGGGAGAGGAGCCGAGGUUUGUGUCGGGCGCCCCUGUUUCGACCAUCAUAUCGAAAUUGGAGGAGAUUGCGAAAGUCGUGAGCUUUUCGGUGAGGAAGAAGGAUUGCAGAGUGAGCUUGGAAGGGUCUAGGGAAGGUGUUAAGGGGCCAUUGACAAUUGCGGCUGAGAUAUUCGAACUUACGCCUAAGUUGGUGGUGUUGGAGGUUAAGAAGAAAGCAGGGGACAGAGCUGAGUACGAGCAGUUUUGUAAUACCGAAUUGAGACCGGGGUUGCAGAACUUGAUGAUUGAGGAGAGUGCUGCUGGUGCUACCGCUGCUGCUCCCGCUCCCGCUCCUUAUCUACCUUCGGAUACUGAAUAG